GGGCGCUCCGCGGCUCGGUGCGGGCAGCGCUCGGUGGCUGCGGCGGGAGCGGAGCGGGGCGGCCGCCCGGCAGCUUGAGGCACACUCCUCAAUAAGAGAAAUGAAGGUGUCUCAACAUUCCCAAGAGUCCAGAUGGUAAGCAAAAUGUGCCGGGAGUCAGCCCUGGAAUGCCCAUGGACAGCUGCAGCCCGCUGGGCUCCUCCGUGUUCCUGAUCAUCUCCGUGUGUGUGGCCACUGUCAUGCUGGGCAGCCUCUGGAUGCUGCUGCGUGACGAACCCACCUGACCAACUGUACCACCUGUGAUUAGUUGGACGAGUUCUCCAGGCACGUGGUCUGCUGGAAAGAGUGAGUGGCUAGUGUUUACCAUGCCUCUGGGAACGUUCCUCCUUCCUGUUCUCUGUUUCUUGGGAGCAUCAAUUCCACGGGGACUGCAGUAUGUCACAUUCUCACACAAUGCUACAAAAUUCCUCCUCCUGUCCAUGGACUUGGAAUCUGGGACCAUUUACUUGGGGGCCACCAACUUUCUCUUUCAGCUGACAUCUGACCUGCUGUUGGAGAACAUGGUUCAGACUGGGCCAGUUCUUGACAGUAAGGAUUGCCUCCCACCAGUCUCAAAGCUGGAGUGCCCUCAGGCACACCACACUGACAAUCACAACAAGCUGCUGCUGGUGAACACUGUGCAGAAGGAGCUCAUUGUGUGUGGCAGCGUCCACCAGGGGAUCUGUGAGAAGAGGAGCCUGGAGUCCAUCGACCACGUCCUCUUCCGGCCGGAGAGCCCUGGUGACACUCAGUACGUGGCUGCCAAUGAUCCCAACAUCACCACUGUGGGACUCAUCGCCUACUCCAAGGAUGAGGUGCCCUUGCUGUUUGUGGGACGAGGGUACACCAGCCGAGGAGUGGGAGGAGGAAUUCCUCCCAUCACGACCCGGAAUCUCAGGGCCCACGGAGGGGAUGUUCAGGCAACAGACUCUCACUCCAUUUUCUCCUAUGAAGAAACAGCAAAACUGGCUGUGGGCCGGCUGUCAGAGUACAACCACCAUUUCAUUAAAUCCUUCACUUACCACUCCAGUGUCUAUUUCCUCUUCUACCGGCGGGACCUCAAAUCCCAGUCCCGUGAGUACAAGACCUAUAUCUCGCGCAUCUGCCUGGAUGACUCCCACUACUACUCGUACGUGGAGUUACCUCUGCUCUGCCAGAGCAAAGGCAAUACAUACAGCCUGCUCCAAGCAGCCUAUGUCACCCGGCCGGGAAAGGAGCUGGCCCAGGGACAGCUGGGCACCGAGGGCGAGGUGCUGUUUGCAGCUUUCUCUGCCUGGCAGGCUUCCUCUGGGAAACUGAGCGAGGAGUCUGCGCUCUGUGUCUACACAAUGGAGGAGGUGGAUCGCCUGACCAACUGGACUAGGGAUGUUUGCUACAUGAGAGAUGGGAAGUCAGAAGAAGGGACAGAAGUGGCAUAUAUUGAGUAUGAUGUCAGUUCCAACUGUGUCCAGCUGCCAGCGGACACCCUGUAUGCCUACCCCUGUGGCUCUGACCACACUCCCAGCCCUAUGGCCAGCCGGGUACCCUUGGAAGCAGCCCCACUCCUGGAGAAAACUGACGCCCGUCUGACAGCUGUGGCAGUGAAUGUGGAAGAUGACCACACCAUUGCUUUUCUGGGAGACAGCAGAGGAAGACUGCACAAGGUGUACUUGGGAGCCCAGGGAGAGGCACACACCUAUGCUUCAGUAUCUAUCCAGGUGAACAGCAUGGUUAGUGGAGACCUGCUGUUCGACCAGUUGCAGGAGCACCUCUUUGUCAUGACCCAGUCAAUGGUGGUAAAGGUUCCCAUAAUGGAAUGUUCCCUGUACUUGGACUGUGAAUCCUGUCUGGCACUGAAAGAUCCCUACUGUGGCUGGUGUGUCCUUCAGGGAAGGUGCAGCCGUCGCUCCGAGUGCUUGCGGUCCAGGUUGAGUGAGCAGUGGCUCUGGAGCUUUAACUCCACACAGCAGUGUCUGUCUGUCCAGUCACUAACUCCAGCCAAUAUCAGCAGAGAGGAAAAGAGAAAUAUAUUCUUGGCCAUCUCGGACUUGCCUCCUCUGCGUGAGGAAGAAUUUUACUCAUGUUAUUUUGAAGAUUACGAAAGCCCAGCAGUUCUGACAGAGUCAGGAAUCAUGUGCCCUUCUCCAGAUCCCAGCCAAGCACCAGCUUUGCCAACAGGAACAGAUCAUGUCACCAUAAAGCUUGUAGUGCGUUUCCAUGACAUCUUCAUUGCUUCUGUGGACUUCUCUUUCUAUGACUGUGCUGCAGUGGCCCUGCUGUGGAAAUCGGCACCGUGCCAGAAGUGUGUGAGCAGUCUCUGGGGAUGUAACUGGUGCAUCCAGCAGCACCUCUGCACCCACAAAGCAACCUGUGAGGAGGGAAUCAUUAUCUACAAUGAAAGGGCCCAGAUCCCAACCUUGAGUGUGUAUCCCUCUUCAGCUGCUCCCCUCACCAAGUCCUCCACCACAGCCCCCACCAUGGCCACCAAACCUGUCACCACCCCUGUGCACGUGGGCCUGAGCACUGUGCCCCGCACGGAGCCCAUCCACGUCACGCCCUCCGCAGCCUCGGAGACGACGACGGAGCCGGUGCAGAGCCCCAGCUACACCCACCUGACCCUGCCCACCGAAGGCGCCUCUCUGCAGGCUGCCACAGAGGCCCCACUGCCACCGCCAGCAGACAAACCUGUCACUGUGCCAGAGACAACUUCUCCUGCUGCAUUUGUCCUCUCCAGCCCGUCUAAGAACAUGGAUCACAUAGCCUUGCCCACUGAAGGGCCAGCCACAGCCCAGGAUGCCUGGCACACAGACCCACCCACCACCCUCGGGGGUAACCCUCUGCACACAUCUCCAGUGGCAGCUGUAACACCUUCCCCUCAUGUCACGAGUUUCAAGUGGCCUCCAAGUCCUUUUCCUACCACAGAGGCACUGACAUCUGCCAUCUCAUCUCCCCAGACCCCCAGCCAGGUGCCAGGGAGUCCUGUUGUUUCUGAUGAUGCUCCUGGAUUGCCAGGAACUGAGCUCCCUGUUUCAGGGCUCCCAACAUCAGCUCCCCCGCAGUGGCUGCUGGAGGAAGGCACAGAGCUCCAGGACACAGAGGACUGGAUGGAUUUGCUGCAGGCUGAGAAUGACACAUCUCUGUUCUCUGCUUCUACUCUUCUGUCGGGUGAUGGCGAUUCUUCAGAGAGGGAUGUCCCUGACUUCCCCAGGAUCCUUCACCCUGACCUCGAUUAUCAGUAUGAUGCCCCUGAGUUUUGGGAGGAGAGUGAAGAGCCUAGCUUGGGUCCAAAUGCAUGUCCCUGUGUGCAGGGAAUCCAGGGAUCUUCACUGUUUCCAGUCAACGUGGCAAGGAAGAUAACCCUGCUGGGAAAGAACUUCCACCUCUAUCAGGACCAGCAGUGGGACUAUGAAUGUGUCUUGAAUUUGGAGGGGAGGACAGUGGUGAUGGAAGCUUAUGUGGAAGGAGAAGAAACAAACAAAUCCCUCUGUUAUAUCACCUGCCAGAUGAACCAGUACAGUUACACAGCACCUCAACUCGAAUUCAAUGCUGUGGUGUUUGUACAGAGGAGACGACAUCUUCGAGUGGACAGUGCUGCAGAUCUUCAUGUGACUUUUUACAACUGCUCUGUGGGACACACUGAUUGUAGCCGCUGCCAAACAGCUGACUCAAAGUACAACUGUGUGUGGUGUGGAGGUGACAACCCCAGCUGUAUCUUCAGGGGCUCUUGCAAAGAAGAAAUUGAAGACCUGUGUCCAGCACCUCUCAUUCACUCUGUGUACCCCCUGUCUGGACCAGUGGAAGGUGGCACUAGAAUCACCAUCACUGGCUCAAACCUCGGGCAGAAACAUCAAGACAUUGCAGAAACUGUCACUGUUGCAGGAAUUCCCUGUGCCGUAGAUGCUCAAGAGUAUGAGAUCUCUAGCAGCAUUGUGUGCGUCACCGGCGGGAGCUGGACAGAGAGGUUUGGGCAUAUCGUGGUGGAAGUGCCUGGAGGAGGUCGUGGGGUUUCUGGUCAUGUUUUCACCUAUCAGAAUCCAGAGCUGAAAUCCAUUGUUCCAACCCAGGGUCCCAAAGCAGGAGGAACCUGCCUUACCCUUUUAGGCUCAAAGCUGCUGACUGGGCAUCCCAAUGAGAUCAGUGUCCUUCUUGGAGACCUCCCUUGUCAAAUCCUUGCUGAGAUGACAGAGGAUCAGCUGGCGUGCCAGACAAGUCCCAGCAAUGUGUCCACAGAACUCCCAGUCACCAUCAAAUAUGGGGAGCAAGAGCGGAGACUGGAGGGAUCCCUCUUUAGAUAUACUCUGGAUCCCAACAUCACUUUUGCAGAGCCACCUAAAAGCUUCCUCAGUGGAGGGAGAGUGCUCAGAGUUCAUGGAUACAACUUGGAUGUUGUACAGAAACCAAAGAUCCGAGUUACAGUUUCUCCAUCUGAACGCCGGCGCCGAGGAGUGGGGCGAUGGCGAAGGAUCAUCCCAGACUCUGAGUGUCCUGAGGGCUCUCUGUGCAGCAUCCAGCAGUUUGAAGAACCAUGUCUCGUUAACUCUUCCUACCUGAUCCUGUGCAAAACUCCAGCCAUUAACCUGCUGUUGAGGAGUGUCCGAAUCAAACUGGAAUUUAUUCUGGAUAAUCUGAGCUUUGAUUUCAACUCACUGCAUCCCAUGCCUUUCUCUUAUGAAGUCAACCCCAUCCUAAAACCAUUGAAUGCUGAGGACCCUGCCAAACCAUAUCGUCACAAGCCAGGAAGUGUCAUCUCUGUGGAGGGGGAAAAUCUAGAUCUGGCUAUUUCCAAGGAUGAAGUUAUGGCUAUGAUUGGGGAAGGCAUCUGUGUGGUGAAGACAUUGACAAGGAAUCACCUCUACUGCGAGCCCCCCUCGGAGCAGCCGGCUCCGCGGCACCGCACCAAGCGGGAGGGCACGGACCUGCUCCCAGAGUUCACGGUUCAGAUGGGAAACCUGAACUUCCUCCUGGGCCGAGUGCAGUAUGACACAGAAAGCCAGCUCACCUUCCCGCUGGAGGCACAGAUUGGUUUGGGUGUUGGUGCAUCUUUUGUGGCACUGAUUGUUCUGGUCAUCGUCUUCAUAUACAGGAGGAAGAGUAAACAGGCUCUGAGGGAUUACAAGAAAGUUCAAAUCCAACUGGAAAAUCUGGAAACGAGUGUUCGGGACAGAUGCAAAAAGGAAUUCACAGACCUGAUGACUGAGAUGAUGGACCUCACAAGUGACCUUGUGGGCACAGGGAUCCCCUUCCUGGACUACAAGUCCUAUGCAGAACGCAUUUUCUUUCCGGGCCACCGUGAGUCCCCACUGCAAAGGGACCUUGACAUCCCUGAGUGCCGACGGCAAACUGUGGAGCAGGGCUUGGUCCAGCUGUCCAACCUCCUCAACAGCAAACUCUUCCUCACAAAGUUCAUCCACACUCUGGAGAUCCAGCGCACUUUCUCUCCCAGAGACCGGGCCUAUGUGGCCUCACUGCUCACGGUGUCGCUGCAUGGGAAGCUGGAGUACUUCACUGAUAUCCUCAAAACACUCCUGAACGACCUUGUGGAGCAGUAUGUGGCCAAGAACCCCAAGCUGAUGCUGCGGAGGACAGAAACAGUGGUAGAGAAGCUAUUGACCAACUGGAUGUCCAUCUGCUUGUAUGCCUUUGUGAGGGAUUCUGUUGGGGAGCCCCUUUACAUGCUGUUUCGAGGAAUCAAACACCAGGUGGACAAAGGGCCAGUUGACUGGGUGACAGGGAAAGCCAAAUAUACCCUGAAUGACAACCGCCUUCUGCGAGAGGACCUGGAGUACCGCACUCUGACCUUAAAUGCUUUGACACAAGCAGGAGUUGGUGGAGGAGGGGCAGAAGACUCUCAAGGGAUUUCUGCGAAAGUGCUGGACUGUGACACCAUAACGCAGGUGAAGGAGAAGAUCCUAGAUCAGAUCUAUAAAGGGACGCCAUACUGUCACCGGCCAGACCCAGACACCCUGGACCUCGAGUGGAGAUCAGGGCUGGCAGGUCAUCUGAUACUGUCCGAUGAGGAUGUGACAUCUGUUGUUCAAGGAACUUGGAAACGUCUGAACACUCUUCAGCAUUACAAGGUGCCUGAUGGAGCAACAGUAGCACUCGUCCCACGCCUGACCAAGCACAUCCACAGGGAAAAUCAGGAUUACAUCCCAGGAGAAAAAACACCAAUGCUGGAGGAUGCAGAUGAAGGUGGGAUCAAACUUUGGCACCUGGUAAAACCAACAGAAGAGCCAGAGCUUCCCAAGCAUCGGCGUGGGAGCUUAAGAGAUCGGGAGCGGGCCAAGGCAAUCCCAGAGAUCUAUCUGACACGUCUGCUCUCAAUGAAGGGCACUCUGCAGAAGUUUGUGGAUGACUUGUUCCAAGUGAUCCUCAGUACCAACCGCCCUGUUCCUCUGGCAGUCAAGUACUUCUUUGACCUGUUAGAUGAGCAGGCCAUACACUAUGGGAUCGCAGACCCUGAGACCAUCCAUAUCUGGAAGACAAACAGCCUCCCCCUGCGGUUCUGGAUCAACAUCAUCAAGAACCCCCAGUUUGUUUUCGAUGUUCAGACAUCAGAUAAUGUGGACGCUGUGCUGCUGGUCAUUGCACAGACCUUCAUGGACUCCUGCACAAUAGCUGACCAUAAGUUAGGGCGGGACUCUCCAAUCAAUAAGCUGCUUUAUGCCCGGGACAUUCCUCGCUACAAACAGAUGGUGGAAAGGUACUACGCAGACAUUCGUCAGACCAUCUCUGCCAGUGACCAGGAGAUGAACUCUGCCCUGGCUGAGCUGUCACGGAAUUACUCAGGUGACCUCAAUUCCUUGGUGGCUCUACAUGAAUUGUACAAAUACAUCAAUAAGUACUAUGACCAGAUCAUUACUGCCUUGGAAGAAGACCCAACGGCACAGAAGAUGCAGCUUGGAUAUAGACUACAACAGAUUGCAGCAGCUGUGGAGAAUAAAGUCACAGAUUUGUGACAGGCACAGACAGACUGCUCUCCCCUGGCUGAAUGGGGACAGUGCUCAUCCUAGUUGAUAAACAGGGUGUCCUGCUGCCAUUGGAACCAGACUCUCCAAGAAACCUGCGGGUGAUGUGAGCAAGGGGAUGGCCAAGGCAGUACAAAGUACAAGCGUCCUUGCAUCUCAGAGAAUAUUUUUUUACAGUUUUUUUUUUCUUUUUAAAAGCAAAAUUAAACAAAAAAAAAAAAAAGGACAAACUCUGGUUUUUCCCUGGCAGACUGCUGAGGGACCACACAGGUCCUUCCUACAGAUGUUAUGUGAAUGUGCCAAGUUUGCAAACCGUGUUAUUGAAGAGCCAGGUGACAACACUGAGCACACUCUGUGGAGCCCUCAACCUUGCACGGAUGCCCUUUCCAGGAACACUCCCUGCUGCAACCACUCACUUCCUUGGGGAUCAGGAAGCUUUUCCUGGGUUGAUUGCUGUGCUAACCUGUUUCCAGCUAGCAAGCACUCCUGAGAAACUCCUUUCAGCAAUGUCUCUGCUGGUCCCAGAUGUCGGAUGUGGAAAGGAGAGUGUCCGAUGGUGAAGGUCUCUUGCUCCCCCGUGCUCUGAUCUCUUGACAGCUCGUGUGUGGCACCUGCUUGGCUGGAAUGUGCUCAGCAGCAUGGGUGUUUGCCAUAGGGCUGUAGAUGAACAGCACCCCCCACCCUUUCCCUCAGGACAAAUUCUGUGUCUGAGAGUCGCUACCUGGCUCACUUCGGUCUCCACUGACUCAGCUCGGAUCUGUCUUCCUGGUUCCUUGUGGUCAGAGGUUGCCCUGCUCUUUGGAAAAGCACAAAUGCCUUGUGCCACUCCCCCUUCCUCCAGUGUCCAGCUGUUCUGCUGCUCUGAACUGGACUUGUAAAUACUCUCAAAGUUAAUGUAUUUAAAUGCUAAAGGAGAAUGUUUAACUUUGUGGCUUUGAGACAAAGCUUUUCUUGGAGAAGUAUCUCUGUGCACUUCUACUGACAAACGUCUGUCAGCACUGGAGCAGUUUUCUCCACUGCUUUGUCUGCAGGGAUAACUUGUAGGUGUCUCCAUUGUUAUACCAGCAACUCGCCUUUCCCCGCGGCUCAGUCCCAGGCUCUCUUUGUGCUCUUCUCUUAGGCUUGCCUUACACCUAACCCUCAGCUCCACUGCUCACACUCUCCUGUUGUGGCACAUAGAAGGGUUGUUUGGUGAGCUGUGAACUCAAAGGAGCUGUCAAGCACAACUGUGAUGUUCCCAAGGAGGGUCGGGUGUCCUGCAAAAAGGAAUGAUUCAUUGGUGGAGGAGAGGCCUGGAGCAGGCACAAGCACAGUUAGCUGGCAGCUGUCACUGGGCAGCUCCUCACUGCUCCCUCCUUAAUUUGUCCACUUUGUGAACAGUCCUCUGCCCUUCUAAGAGCUAGUUUAUAAGAGUGAUUCACUUGUUCUCUCUCCUGCUUGCCCCACCCCUGCCCCCCCAGCUGCUAAUUCCACACUGAUGUCCUGUGUGCCUGAGGCAGGUAGACAGGUCUGACUCCUCUGCCACUACUCUGAGGUAGCGAUUGUGUGGGCCAAGAUGGAGCAGAGCUAGAACAGAGCAGGAUCACAUCCCUACCUCUCUUUACAUUGCAAAUAACAGUAAUUCCAGGCCUGCUCCAUCAGCCCUGUGGCUUUGUGCGAGUGCUGUGCAGUUGCAGAAUUGUUCUUGGAGCAGGCUAACGCUGGCCUCUUCCUCUUCUGUGACCCUCUCUCAGCAGUAUAGCAGUGUUCCCAGGUACAUGGUGUGCUCAUACAGAGUAUGAGCAUCCCUGAGCAACCUUCUGCUUCUAUCCUGCCAUACAGAGCAGCAGGGUGGCUGGCUGGCUGCUGCCAGGCAAAAAUGGGGCUGCAGUUUGACUCUUUCCCCAGGUGAGGACCAGUUAGGGUCUCACUCCUGCCUGACCAUCCAUUUCCACAAAGCUCAUGGGAACUUAGCAUCACUGAGACCUUUGUCUUGACUAAAUCUGAUUGAAUUGGUCACCCCAUAAAGCUGAGUAGAGGAAAGGAUUGCUGGAUGGGAAAAAGCCAAUACAAUGCAUGUUAGUAAAGCCCAUUUUUUAGGGACUGCAGGAGGAGAUUGCUUGGUUUGAGGCAGGUGCAGGUAUAGUGGUGGAGUAGCAUUGUCCCCUUGUGUGUUGGUGGAUGGACUUUCUGCCCUAGGAAACAAGGCCUGGUUUUUGGCCUCUCCAACUUGCUCAGUGUCUGCCAGAAGCCACAGAAUCUCUGCUGGAUUUCUGACUACAGACUGUCAGUGUCUGCCCCUAUUUUUGCAGAAUUAUCUCUGCACUUUCCCAGAACAGAGUGGCUUGAGGCUUAAUUCUCAUUCCACCUCCCACUGGUAUCCAUAUUCUCCCUGCUUCUGUGUUCCUGGAUGUUGGAAAUCAUCUCCUUUCUCCGAGUGUAUCUGUGAAAGUCUGCUUUUAUUAGAUUGAUAAUCAAGACUAAAAAAUAGAGCUAAACAUAGGUGGUUGACUUACUUAACAUAUUCAGCUUGUCCUUGCAUGGCUGGACAGGACACACUGCCCAGUGCAGGUGCAGUGAGGGUGGACAGCUGGUAGUGCCCAUCUCCUCCCAUCCAUCUGUCCUCAGUGUUGUAGAAACCCAGCAUCCUGCUCCCUGUGGACACACACUGAAGGCCCUCACUGGAAUCAGCUUGGGUGUUUAGGCAUGGCCCUUCUUACCUCCGUCCGUGCCCCUCUCCUGUGGCAAAAUCCAUUUCUGUGGCAGGGUUCUGUUGCAUUUAAAUUUGCACAAAACAGGUUUUAUUAUGAAAUUCCCUAUUGCAGGGAAAAACUUAUUUAUUUAUUCCUCCUGAUCCUUCCAAGUUUUUCCCAGUCUCUGCCUGAUUCCACAACCAACCGGACAUUCCUUGUCAAGGACAGAGAAUCCUGUCUGGAUGUUCCUGUUUGCUCACAGGUAGCAAGUUCAGUGGGCACCAGCAGAGAGAGCCCUGCUACCGCAGCCUGCUGUGGGACACAGGGAUGUCACUACUCCAGUGGGACUCCCAGGACCUCGAUGCUCCCCAGUGGCAGGCACCCAGCUUUAUUUAGUGCUGUGGUCAGAGGGAGGGACUUUUGCCGUGGUCUGGGUGAAAGGCUGAGAACUGAUCAGUGUUAAGAUAAAUCUCCGUUAAUGUAUUUGAAUGUCUCUCCCUUUGGCACGGUGAAGCACAGCUGCUGCCCACGUGACGUAGGCUCCUCCUUUCAUCUGUCUGGUGGCAAAUUUAGGCUGUACCUAAAAGCUUUUUUAUUUUGGUAGAAAUGGUGGCUGAUUUUUUAAAAUGAAAAUAGAGGGUUCUUGGAUGCUGCUGCCUUGGUGGAAUGCCAUCUUUUUCAGGGUGUGCCCUGGUUGCAGCAAGAUGCUUUUUUUUGUUGUUGUUGUUUUUCUUUUUUUUUCUCCUUUUUUUUUUUUUUUUUUUUUAAUGUGUGCCUUUCUUGGGGGGAUGGUUAUUUUGGUUUCCAGAACACCCAGGGCAUUUGCUCUUGUAGUCUUUUUCCUGGUCUAUGUCGUGGUGACUCUGCUCUGUCCCAGCCUUGUGACUUGGUGUCUGUCUGUCUGUUACGGUAUGGCCUGACCUGCAUUUAUGCCCUGCCACACCUUAGGUUCUGCUCAGAGCACCCAAGGUACUGUCUUUCUCAAGUUUGAAUUAAUAAUUAAUAUAAAAAGCUUGAAAAAAAUCUGAAUUUUGUUACAUAGUGUAAUAACUGUUUGUAGAUACUGUUCUGAGAUGUAGGAAUCUAUUGGUGAUAUAAGAGGUUUUGUCUGUAAAUAAUCAGUUUAGAGUCAAAAUGAUUUUAAUAAAGAGAAUUCUUACACAAUAAUUCAAUAAAUUUUAAUAUACAA